AAUACCAAGAAAAAACAGAGUUAGGUUUGUGAUUGAGGGCAUUGAAGUUGAUAAUACAAAUCGAUUAAAGUAAAUCCACUUUCACUGACAAAGCAUGGCAAAGUGCGUGCUUCCUCCAUUAAUGGUGGCGUGGAAUGACGUAUUGACUGCUUACUUUAUGCCCUGAAAGCAAACAAACAAAACUGCAACAACUGCCUCGCUCUCUCUCUCUCUCUCUCUCUUUCUGGUUUCCUAUAUUUGGCUCCAAGCAUCUCGGGGUGAUUGAUUUUUGGUUGGUGUCUCGGGUGCUGUUCCCCCUUUUCUUUUGUCAUAUUAUUUGCACACAUGUUGUGAAUUUCUCUCUUCUUCUUGCUUGGUUCAUAUAAAUCGGUCUAUGUUUAUAGUGAUUUUCUAUUUCUAUGAUAAUCUCUCUUAUGGGCAAUUCAAACAAUCUGCAAGACUGUUUGAAUCUCCUCUAUGUGGUGUUCGCCUUCUGCUCUGCUCUCUUUCUGGGUGGCCUUAAAGCUGUGACUGUAGGUCCCAUUGCCGGGCUGAUACUGAUAAUAGGGAAUGUUGGAAUCAUUCUUGGGUUGUUUCCUGCUCAUGUCUAUUGGACAGUCUACACCCUUGUAAAGACUAAUGGAUUUGAUGAACCACUUAAAGUUGCAAUCCUUCUUGCCUUGCCUGCUUUAUUUGGAAUUUGGUUGGGUUUAAGCAUUGCUGGGAGCGUUCUUGUGGGAGUUGGUUAUGGAUUCUUCACUCCUUGGGUUUCUGCUUUUGAGGCCUUUAGACAUGAUGAUGAAUCAAAGAGAUUCAUCCACUGUAUUGUGGAUGGAACAUGGGAGACAGUUAAAGGAAGUUGCACUGUAGUGAGGGACUUUGCAGAUAUAUGUUAUAGUUCAUACCCUCAAUACUUAAAGGAGCUACGUGAGUCCCCUGCUUCUAAUGAGCUCCAACCUCUCAGGUUAGUUCAUGUGCCUGGUUGCAUCAUGAUUGGAAUAAUGGGACUAAUUGUGGAUGUUCCUCUUUAUACUGCAAUUGCUGUGGUUAAGAGUCCAUAUAUGCUAUUCAAGGGUUGGUUUCGCCUGAUACAUGAUCUGCUUAGCCGAGAAGGUCCAUUCCUUGAGACGGCUUGCAUCCCAAUUGCUGGUUUGACAAUUCUCUUAUGGCCAAUUGUUGUUGUUGGGAGCAUCAUAGUGGCUAUAUUCUCCAGCGUCUUCAUCGGAUUGUAUGGAUCAGUUAUAGUCUAUCAGGAGAGAUCUUUCCGGAGAGGCUUUGCAUAUGUUAUUACAAUGGUUGCAGAAUUUGAUGAAUAUACAAAUGACUGGCUCUAUUUAAGAGAGGGGACUGUCCUUCCUAGGCCUCGCUAUCGAAAGAAAAAGGUCUCUGGAUCAUCUGAGUUUUCAGUUGAAGGAAAACAUAGUGCUGGAAGCAGAACCGGUUCUGCUUCUGCUGAAGCACCUGCAAUGCUCAUGCCAAGCUUAGCUCACUCGAGAUCAGUUAGAGAGGCAAUACAAGAAGUGAAAAUGGUGCAGAUAUGGGAAAGUAUGAUGAGCACCUGUGAGAUGAGGGGCAAGGAACUAUUGGACACCAGUGUAAUAACACCUGCUGACCUCUAUGAAUGGUUAAAAGCGAAAGAUGGCAACGAUUCAGCGAUUGUAGGAGUUGGGUUACCUUGUUAUUCACUCUUUCAGACACUCCUCUACUCCAUCAAAGUUUCUUCUAAUGGUUUGCUGCUACUUGAUGCUGUUGAAGUAACUUACUUCAACAGACCGAAAGACAAACUGCUGGACUGGUUUUUUAAUCCGGUAAUGGUCCUAAAGGAACAGAUUCGGGCAAUAAAAUUGGGAGACGACGAGGUAAGAUUCUUGGAGAAAGUGAUUCUCUUUGGCAGCAACACACGGCGCAUGGAGGGUUGGGACAAUGGAAGUUUAUUACCUCAAGAUCCUCUUAGAGCUGCACAAAUCCAGGGUAUCAGUAGAAGGAUGAUUGGCAUGGUUAGAAGUGUAUCGAAGCUCCCGACAUAUCGGAGGAGGUUUCGCCAAGUUGUGAAGACUAUAAUCUCAUACUCCGUGGAGAAGGAGGUUCCACACAGAUCCAGUUCCAUGAGAUCAGUUGCCUCCAUUGAGAGUGUGUAGGAGAGAUUCAAUUUAGAGUUAUUUUGCUUGUAUAUAUAGAAUCGUUUACAUUGUUAUUUAUAGAGUUAUACGUUGCUUUUUAUUUAGUAUCAUGGCGCAGCUUGGGUCAA